CUGUUUCGAGGGGUUCAUGGGCUUCUUUCUUCCUGGAGCGCUGAAAAUUGUGUCAUAAGUCCAUUGGCGAUGGAGGCCUAUCAAGGAGCUAGCGAAGAAUUAGCUCGUCUAGAAGCGGCAGCUAAUGUUUUUCUAGUGGGCGCUCCUCCGUCUCAAAUUUCCGGCGAGUCACGAAAAGAAGCGGAGGCUUUGUUCAUAACGCUACGUUCCAGUCGUAUCCCACCAGCUCUGUGCAGAUACAUUUUAGGUCUCUUGAUAUUUUUAAAAUUGUCUAUUCUAGAAACGUCACGUAAUAGUUUCGUUCUGUUUGAAAUUGCGCAGUUGAUCGGCACAGUUUUGCUCAAGGAGUGGACAACAACUGAUAAGUCUAUUAUUGAAGACGCUUUCAAGUUUCUUCUGAAAUUCGCCGCCGAAAAGCCAGACUUACCUAACUUUGUCAGAGCAGAAGUACUUCACUCAUGUUCAAAACUGUUUAAGCGAGGAAUAUUUGACGGCAAGUGUGGAGGUCCAGAUGAACUUUGCUCACUCGUUGCACAACUUUUGUCGAGUGAAGAUGAACGUUCAGUAGUUAAUGUUGUAUCUAUUUUGAAGCAAACUUUUGGUUGUGAGAUCGUAGACGCUGUUGCCACUGAAUUUUCCUCGUCAUGGAGAGGAGCCAGUUUUGGGAUUACAUGGGAUUUUAAUUUCCAUGCGAAGAAGGAGUUUGAGGCAAACGGUUUGAGGCAGUUGUUUGAACUUUCAUUUCGAACUCUUCAUUGCAUUGCGAACGAUGCAACUUUUGACGCUGUAAACCAUUGCAAUCUCUGUGACAAGUUUCUACGCCUGGCUGAGUCUGUUCUAUCGUGGAAUUUUUCUUCUCGCAUAUAUUCUUCGUCUCUCAAUUAUUACAGUGAGCUGAACUCCAGCGCCUCAUUUCGACCACCUAGGUCGUGGGGCCAUAUUUUCCAGAGUGGUGAAGUACUGGAUCUUUUCUUCAAGCUCCACUCUACCGUGAGAAAUAACGAAAAUCUGUGUAAACGCUCAAUCAACGUUUUGGUGCAGCUUUCAUCACUUACUGGGGAGGUAUUUGAAAACUCCGCUAGUGGCUCCACAGACAGAUACUUAACUGCUUUCAUCAAGAAUUUUUUGGAUGUUUUUAGAUACGGCCCAUUGGAACAUGAAUUCAGCGGUUUUUGCCUGAUAAUUUAUAAGUUGUUGACUUAUCAGAAGAUUGCUGCUUUUGUCAGAGUGGAAGAACAAUUUUUGUCUGCUUUUCUUUCAUUUAUUGUUGGAUAUGCAGAAACUUUUGCUCCAGUUGCAAUGCAGAAAGCUAUGGAUGACGAUGAUCACACCUUUCGUGAAGGGCUGCUUCAAGUGUAUGAAGCAUGGUCUGUUUUAGUCAGAGCUGCACAGCGAAAUCAGUUUGGCUGCGACUUACAUGGCUUGACCCUCCGAAUACUUUCUUCAUUUGUUCGAACUUUACUAGCUCCUCCGCUUGGAAAUCGCGGCAAGUUGUCAGAUGAAAACUAUGAUGAAGAUGUCGAGCAAGAAGACAGAGUCGUGUAUGCUGAUAUUCUCUCAGUUGUCGGACAGUUUGCCAUUUUUUGUGUAGAUGAGUUUCUUCCAUUAAUAAUAUCUUGUUUCCAGCAAAGAGCGAAUGACUUUAUAAAUAACUUAACUCAGAACUCACUCUGUUCACUUCCUGAGUGGCGAGAAGACAUGCAUUGGUUGUUUUUGCUCAUAGGGUUUUCGUUCACUGAGGAGGACAUAGAUAGUUCUUCUCAGCUGCCAGCUCAGCUUAUGGAUUACUGUAUGGAGAAGGCGAAGGCCGAAAAUCUUGAACUGAGCCAGGCUAAUUUGUAUAUUGCCGAGUGUAUAAAAAACCCUCGUUUUUUCAGCCACACUGUUAAAAUUUGUCCUUUAAUGCACUUAGUUGGGAUGAUCUUUGCUUGGAAUUCCUUGGAUCAUAUAUUACUUUCCGAAAAGGGAAUAGAGGAAAUUAGUCCAGAACUUUCAAGAAGUGGUUUAUGGUGUUGCAGAAGGUUUAUUUCGGCACUUCGUGCAAAUGUCGAAACCGACAGUGAAGAUUCGUAUGGCAUUCCUAAGCUUGAAGGACAGACCGAGCUUUCUCGCUAUAUACUUUUUUUUCUAUUUGAUGCGAAUUGUACUUUUGAAAAAUGUUUCAGGCUCUGUGUGGACGCGGUCAAUCUUCUUGUUGCUCUUGCUGAGACUCGAGAAACAGAGCUGAUUUCCACAGAUCUUUUAUAUGAGUGUCUGGCUGGAGUACAGUUGGACAGGUUGCCGGCUCGUCGGGCUCUCGUCCGUGCACUUGUGUUAAUCAGUGUUUUUUCAAAUGACGAAGCUUUACAAAAAAAAAUGUGUGAUACGGUUUUACACCCUCUUUUUACAAAGUUUAAUGAACUGUCCGGGAAUGCGCCUGCACAUGAGUCCGAUAUCAUCGAUUUUCUGGACUGUUUUUGCGGCGUUGCGAGUGCAGCAGAUAUCCACUCAUCCCAUUUUCUUUUUCGGUUCCUUUCCCCUAUACUUAUUCGUUGUGUGCCGCUUUUAUCAAGCAAUUCACAAGCUCUUACUAAUGCUGUACUAGAACUCUUUAGCGUAGUUACACGUAAACUGGCAGUUUACAUAGAUGAAAAGGAGGAUACCAUUUUAUUGUAUCAGACUCUCCUGGACCUUUUGAGUGUAUAUCAGCGAGAUCAAAUGUGUAAAUAUCGAACUGUGGUAAUUGAUGAGGAGGAAAAAGCGGGGGAUUUGGUGCUGUUUCUAGAUAUUUUGGCAAAUAUCAUGAGCAAAGACCUUCUUCUUUCAGCGGUUUAUCAAUAUGAGGAGGUCUUUGACUACGGGUUUAAAGCAGCUUUAACCGGUCUUGAAAUGUUAAUACCUUUAUUAGAGGACGGCAUGCUACAGUAUCCAACGCUCUGCACAAGGUUUUACCGUCUGAUAUUGUAUUUUUCUGAAAUGGCCCCCAGACGGAUAAGCCAAAUGCCGGAAAACAUGAUUACUUCUAUUAUUGAACUUCUACGUAUUGGUCUGCAGUCGCAGUUUGGUGAAGAAGUAAGGUUUCACAUGUUUUUGUUUUUGAAAAAUCACCUAACUGAAACUUUGAAGGUUGCUGUAGUGUCUGUGGAAACAAUAAAUCAUCUUGCAACGUUCUGCUCAGAAGAUCCACAUACGAACUCUUUCAUUGUAUCGCAUCUUUCGUCUCUUAUCGAGGCGACUUUCAACUACUGCCUAGAGGCAAGUUGCCAGGCAAAUGUUUUCACCGAAGCGUCCUUCGCAUUGUAUGCUCUUAUAUGUUGUGACAGGGCAGCAUUUGAUACGUUUGUUAAUCGACUUCUUGAUCGAGCAGAAAACGCUGCUGCUAAAAGUCAGCUGGAAUCUUCGUUUACCGCUUUACUACCAUCGCAAGAAAAUUCAACUGUCGCCAGCCGACGUCAGAAACGGAAGUUCCAAGAUUGUUUAGAAAAAUUCCUUGUUAGUUCGCAAGGGUUGCUGGUUGUAAAUUAA